CCAUCUGCAGCCAUGGCCCAGUACAAAGGGGCGGCCAGUGAGGCCGGCCGGGCGCUCCAGCUGAUGAAGAAGAGAGAGAGGCAGCGGGAGCAUAUGGAGCAGAUGCGGCAGCGCAUCGCAGAGGAGAACAUCAUGAAGUCGAACAUCGACAAGAAGUUCUCGGCCCAUUACGAUGCCGUGGAAGCGGAGCUGAAAUCCAGCACCGUGGGUCUGGUGACCCUCAAUGACAUGAAGGCCAAGCAGGAGGCCUUGGUGAAGGAACGGGAGAAGCAGCUGGCCAAGAAGGAACAGUCAAAAGAACUGCAGCUGAAGCUGGAGCGGAUGCGCGAGCGGGAACGCAAGCAGGAGCAGAAGCGCAAGAUCUCCAGCUUGUCCUUCACCCUGGACGAGGAAGAGGAGGACGACGGGGGAGAGGAAGAGGAGGAGGAGGUGGAGCUGGAGCGGGAAGAGCUGCCCACCAAGAAGAGGAAACUGGGGAAGAAUCCCGACGUGGACACAAGCUUCCUGCCCGACCGGGACCGCGAGGAGGAAGAGAAUCGUCUUCGAGAAGAGCUGCGCCAGGAGUGGGAGGCUAAACAGGAGAAAAUCAAGAGUGAGUGGGAAGAAUGUGACUCCAGGCAGGCUUUGCCCACUGGCUAUCAAAAUCCUGCCAGCGUGGUGUAG